UCGGACAAGAAGUUUGGUAUCAUUGUAAAAUUGCUUGUAUAGACGUGUGUAACUUAAAACCGCAAAAGGUGACAUAGAGACCUUGAUCCAGACCGACCCAAAUCCGAAGGAUUUUAUUGGACCCGCCAGCCAAGAAAAGCAGUUUCCCUCCUGCUUGGACCCUGAACUCCUUCAGACAUGGAGACUCAGCGGUCUGAGGUCAUGGAGGACUCUAAGACUAAAGAGGAAGGUGUUGCUACAGAUGCAGAGCUUGCCAAAACCAUAAUGGCUCGGCGUUUCUACCCCUCUCUCAUCGGCCCAGAGGCCUGGGAAGGAUACAUCUUUUCUGACGAUCUGAAGAUCCGCAUCAAAGAGUCCACAGACCUCUACGGAGCUGUACUCUGGCCUUCAGCUUUGGUGUUGUGUCAUUUCCUGGAGACCAACCGCGAUGAGUACAACCUGAAAGAAAAAAAUGUGAUUGAACUUGGUGCAGGAACUGGGCUUGUCACCAUCGUGUCCAGUCUUUUAGGCGCUAAGGUGACCUCCACUGACCUACCAGAUGUGUUAGGGAACCUCCAGCACAAUGUUAUGAGCAACACCAAGGACAGAUGCAAGUACACCCCUGUGGUUACAGACCUCAUCUGGGGCCAAGACGUGGAGAAGCGUUUUCCUCGUGCUACACAUUGUUUUGAUUACAUCCUGGCAGCUGACGUGGUGUACUCCCACCCUUAUCUGGAGGAGCUGAUGGACACUUUUGACCAUCUGUGCCAGAAAAACACACAGAUCUUGUGGGCCAUGCGUUUCCGCCUUGACCCAGAGAACAGCUUUGUGGAUCUCUUCCGGGAGCGCUUCCACCUGGAGAUGCUGUACGACCUCCCCAGUCUCAGUAUCAAACUGUACCGAGCCUGGAGGAAGGACAAGAGGACCAAGAACCAAGGGGAGGGAGAGGCUGCUGCCUGAACUGUUAACACUUGGGACAUUUUAUUUGUUCUGCAUGUGUUUUAGUGAGUGUGCCUGUGAAAACUGAACUCACUGAUUCCUUCAAAUUUGUGAAUUGUCUUAGUGAACCUAAAGCAGCUCUUCACUU